AUGCCUGCGCUGCGCAUACGUGGUGAUCGAGCUCCCCCGCGAAGACACCGCAAGGGAGAAGGUCAAGUCCAGGAUCUCCUGGUGUCGUACCCCGCGGAGGAAGGGAUCGUGGACCACGUGAGGAGCCGCCUGGCGGCCCGGCUGCUCGUGCUGGCCAUGGCCGCGCAGGUCCCGUCGGGGGAGGAGGAGCAGGAGCCCGACGUCACCGGCGCCUGGCUGUCCGCGAAGCUGCUGCGCCUGUUUUCCGCCGUUCUGGCCUACGCCCCGUCCACGUGCGACGGGCAGCUGCGCGGCCCGGGCACCCAGGAGUACACAGACAAGCACGAGCAGGCGGAGGAGGACGCGCGGCAGUCGAGCGGCAUAUACGACAGGCAGAGGCUCCUGUUGCUGUGCGUGCUGGUGAAGUACGUGGGCCGCGUGCUGAAGGCGCCCCUCCAGCGCAGGCUGAAAACGGUCCCGAACCGCGACCUGGACAUGGCCGAGGUGGUGCUGCUGUACGAGUUCGUGAAACUCAUCAACAACAUCGUGGUGUCCUUCCUCGAAAUCGAGCUCCGAUGGGCGCCGCCGCCGCACUCCGCCGGGACCCCGCGCGACAGUGGCCUUGCAGCCAGCGGCCGCAAGACGGGGUCUCUGUCCCGGCAGGAGCGCAUGCAGAUCUUCACCGCGAUGAUCCCUUCGACAACCCUGAAGCUUCUGGUCCACGUCCUGCUCUUCGGCAUGCACCAG